UGCACUGCCGCAGCUAUUGUUGUGGCAGUGAAAAGUAAAUCAUUUAGAGGGAAACGGAACCAGCACUACACGAUGUGACAACACUGUCCCUGUGAUAAAUUGAUGAAUACUUGGGCCUGGACUGAAAUGGGUUCUUGGCAGGAUGCUCUCCUGAUUGCUACUUGAAGGGGGUCUUCCAAGAUCGUCUGCCACUCCAAAGAGAAGACCCCACCUUGUCUCUGUGUUAAAUUGUGACCUUUAUCACCUUAUGGAGGAGUAGCUCUUGACGGUUUCAUUACAAGCAAUAAAAGAAGACUGAGCAUCUGAGAGGAGAGCAACAACAAGCAAAGAGACAAUGUCAUCCAACAGAAGCCAGAACCCUCAUGGGCUCAAGCAGAUUGGCCUGGACCAGAUCUGGGAUGACCUGCGAGCAGGAAUACAGCAGGUGUACACCAGACAGAGCAUGGCCAAAUCACGAUAUAUGGAACUGUACACACAUGUUUAUAACUACUGUACCAGUGUGCAUCAGUCCAAUCAGGCCCGUGGGGCAGGGCCCCCUCCAUCCAAGCCCUCCAAAAAGGCCCCCACCCCAGGAGGGGCCCAGUUUGUGGGCCUGGAGCUCUACAAGAGACUCAAGGAGUUCCUCAAGAACUACUUGACCAACCUGCUCAAGGACGGAGAAGACCUGAUGGAUGAGAGUGUAUUAAAGUUCUACACACAGCAGUGGGAAGACUACAGAUUCUCCAGCAAAGUGCUGAAUGGUAUCUGUGCCUACCUCAACCGGCACUGGGUCCGCCGUGAGUGUGACGAGGGGCGCAAAGGAAUAUAUGAAAUCUACUCCCUCGCGUUGGUGACAUGGAGAGAAUGCCUUUUCAGACCUUUGAAUAAACAAGUCACAAAUGCUGUAUUGAAGCUCAUUGAGAAGGAACGUAAUGGAGAGACCAUCAACACUAGGCUUAUCAGUGGAGUCGUCCAGUCCUAUGUUGAGUUGGGUCUCAAUGAGGAUGAUGCCUUUGCCAAAGGCCCCACGUUGUCAGUCUACAAAGAGUACUUCGAGACUCAGUUCUUGGCGGACACCGAGCGCUUUUACACACGAGAGAGCACAGAGUUCCUGCAACAAAAUCCAGUUACUGAAUACAUGAAAAAGGCUGAGGCGCGUCUGUUGGAGGAGCAGCGGAGGGUGCAGGUGUACCUGCAUGAGAGCACGCAGGACGAGCUGGCCCGCAAGUGUGAGCAGGUGCUCAUUGAGAAGCACCUGGAGAUCUUCCACACAGAGUUCCAGAACCUUCUGGACGCUGACAAAAAUGAAGACCUUGGGCGGAUGUACAAUUUGGUGUCCCGGAUCACUGAUGGAUUGGGAGAGCUGAAGAAACUCCUGGAGACGCACAUAUACAACCAGGGCCUUGCUGCUAUAGAGAAGUGUGGAGAAGCAGCUCUCAAUGAUCCCAAAAUGUAUGUCCAGACCAUCUUAGACGUCCACAAGAAGUAUAAUGCUUUAGUAAUGUCAGCGUUCAACAACGAUGCUGGUUUUGUUGCUGCUCUGGACAAGGCCUGUGGACGCUUCAUAAACAACAAUGCUGUGACCAAGAUGGUGCAGUCAUCCAGCAAAUCCCCAGAGUUGCUGGCUAGAUACUGUGACUCUCUGCUGAAGAAGAGCUCAAAGAACCCAGAGGAGGCAGAGCUAGAAGACACACUAAACCAAGUGAUGGUGGUCUUUAAGUACAUAGAGGACAAAGAUGUGUUCCAGAAGUUCUAUGCCAAGAUGCUGGCUAAGCGGUUAGUCCAUCAGAACAGCGCCAGUGAUGAUGCUGAAGCCAGUAUGAUCUCCAAACUAAAGCAAGCGUGCGGCUUCGAGUACACCUCCAAACUCCAACGCAUGUUCCAGGACAUCGGAGUCAGCAAAGACCUAAAUGAACAAUUUAAAAAGCACCUCACCAACUCUGAGCCUUUGGACUUGGACUUCAGCAUCCAGGUCCUCAGUUCUGGUUCCUGGCCCUUCCAGCAGUCCUGUACAUUUGCCUUGCCCUCUGAGCUGGAGAGGAGUUACCAAAGGUUCACUGCCUUCUACGCCAGCAGACACAGCGGGCGCAAGCUGACCUGGCUCUACCACCUGUCCAAAGGAGAGCUGGUCACCAACUGCUUUAAGAACAGAUACACUCUGCAGGCUUCUACCUUCCAGAUGGCCAUCCUAUUGCAGUACAAUGCUGAGGAUGUCUACACAGUGCAGCAGCUCGCAGACAGCACACAGAUCAAGAUAGACAUUUUGGUGCAGGUGUUGCAAAUCUUGUUGAAGUCUAAAUUGCUGGUCCUGGAGGAUGAGAAUGCAAAUGUGGAUGAGGUAGAGUUCAAACCAGACACCUUAAUAAAACUCUUCCUGGGAUACAAAAACAAAAAACUUCGGGUGAACAUUAACGUGCCAAUGAAGACAGAGCAGAAGCAGGAGCAGGAAACCACUCACAAGAACAUAGAGGAGGACAGGAAACUGUUAAUACAGGCUGCCAUUGUGAGAAUCAUGAAGAUGCGUAAAGUGCUAAAACAUCAGCAACUCCUGGCAGAGGUGCUGAAUCAGCUGUCAUCCAGGUUUAAACCAAGAGUUCCUGUCAUCAAGAAAUGUAUCGACAUCCUGAUCGAGAAGGAGUACCUGGAGCGUGUCGACGGAGAGAAAGACACUUACAGCUACUUGGCUUAACCUUUUCAUUGUUCUCCACCCUCCCUCCUUUCUUUUUUUAAAGUUGUCUUUUGAGUAAUUAACAUCAUUCCUUUUGACAUUUGGCCAAUGUUGUCAGGAAUGCGAGCACAGAAGGAGAAAAAGAAGAAAAAAAGUUGUCAAUCAUCAUCAAGGUGGUUGCGAAAGCUGGACUUCCCUUUAAACUCUGACAUUAUGGGAUAGCUGCUCGCCCAGUGUUUGUUUGAAGAUCCCAUCUGAACUGCUCAGGAUCGACAGAUACAUUUUGAUAUGUAAAUAUCGACAGAGACCUUUACCUCUUUACUUUUAUCUUGCAAAGUUAAUAACAUACAAAAACAAACUAUCAAAACCCUUCACAACCGAGGGUUGCAUGCUACUGCCUAUCUGCAUUUAAGAAGCAAAAAGACGUAAUAGAUGAGAAGCUAUUAAGACACUGCUGCUUUAUGUGGCAGUAGCAAAUUAUGAACGUAUGUUUAAAAAAAAGAUGAGUGCAAUUUUAGCUGCACUUCCAGAAAGCGAUCUGUGUUUGAAAAAGGCCCUUAGAAGUGUAAUCUGCAUCGUUACCAGCUACCAGACAAACAUUUGUAUAGUGUGGUUCACUUUUAUUUGAAAUGUAUGGUAAAUAAAAAUGAAAGGUUUCUGUAUUCCCUCUGAUGGUUUUUAUUCCUUCAAAGCUGAUGUGAACUUUGGGCUGAGAUGUUUACACACGCAUCCCAAUUCUAAUCUAUGUUCACUAAUUGGUUGUGAAAAAGAGCUAAUGUGAUUAGUCAAAAGACCAAUUAGAGGGGGAAAAUAUCAGAACUGUGCAGCCUGUUUAAACAGCCCUGGAUAUUAUAGAUCAUUUCUGGUUUCUUGAUGAUACAAUCCAUGAAUGACCUACUUAGCUGUUCAUUGCCAUUCAUUUGUAAACUGUAAAGCUUGUCAACAAGAUGUAUUGUGUGGGUAUUAGAACCGAAGGUUGCUACUUUCCCAUGAUCAGUUUUAAUCAGAAUGUACUUUAAUGGCUGUGUUUAGACAGGCAGCCCCAUUCAGAUUUUUUUUUGUUGCCACUAAUUGGUAUUUUGACCAAUCACAUCAGGGUUUUUUUUCUGAUUCGUCAGACACAUUUUUGAGAGAAAAGAAAUCAGAAUUGAGCUGCCUGUCUAAACACAGCCUAAAUCACAAACGCUCACAUCGUAGGCAGGAUGCAGGCAGAAAAUGUAUGAGAUUGGAUCUUGGGGUUCUCUUGCCUAUUUCAAUAAUAAACAUUUUAAAUGAGCCUAUCA